AUGGGGCCUACUCUUGACAGAUUAUUUCCAUAUGUGAGUCUCCCUCUGCUCAUAGUGCAAAUCCCAGAUCUCACAAUGGUCCUAGAAAUCUCAACAAGUUUUAUGUGGAUUUUCUACAUCUUGAUUCCAUGUUUGCUCACAGAAGAAACAGCAGUUCUGCCUGCCCCGCAGAAUCUCUCUGUCCAGUCAGUGAACAUGAAGCAUCUUCUGAUGUGGAGCCCAGUGAUCAUGCCUGGGCAGCUGGUCCACUAUUCGGUCGAGUAUCAGGGAGAGUACGAGAGCCUGUACCGGAGCCACAUCUGGAUUCCCAGCAGAUGGUGUUUGGCCACCGAAGUGCCUGAAUGUGACAUCUCUGAUGACAUUACUGCUGCUGUGCCCUAUAACCUUCGUGUAAGGGCCACCCUGGGCUCACAGUCCUCAGCCUGGAGCAUCCUGCAACACCCCUUUAAUCAAAACUCAACCCUCCUCACUCCACCAGGGAUGGAGAUCAGUAAGGAUGGCUACCAACUGAUGAUUGAGCUGGAGGACCUGGGGCCACAGUGCGAGUUCCUUGUGGCCUACUGGAAGAAAGAGCCCGGUGCCCAGGAACAGGUCAAAGCAGUGAGGAAGGGAGGCAUUCCAGUGCACCUGGGCACCAUGGAACCGGGAGCUGCCUACUGUGUGAAGGCCCAGACAGUAGUGAAGGUCCUUGGGAGGCACAGCAACUUCAGCCAGGAGCAAUGUGUCAUGGUGCCAGGAGAAACCAUGCCCCUUGUCCUGGCUCUAUUGGCAUUUGUUGGCUUCAUCCUGGUCUUGGUGGUGGUGCCAUUGUCCAUGUGGGAAGUGGGCCGCUGGGCCCGUUACUCCUGCUGCCCUGUUGUGGUACUUCCUGAAACUUUGAAAAUAAGCAGCUCACCCCAGAAGUUAAUCAACUGCAGGAAGGAAGAGGUGGAGGCCUGUGUUGUGGCCAUACUGCCCUUGGAAGGAGCUCUCCUGAGCUUGGAGACAGGCCCAGGAGAAACAGAGGACCUGGUCCCAACAACCACAAGGGAAAGACCAUUUCUGGGUUCCUGCAUGAGCAAAGAACCAGUGAGGAAGAAGAGCUUGCAUGCCUGUGAUCAGGAUUCAUCGUCAGCAGCAGAGUGCACUGACGGGUCAGGAGAUGUGGUCUCCGGUGGGACUACACUGGGGAAAGAGACUUGGUGUGACUGUCCUCAACUUUCUCAGGGAGUCACAGGCUCUGAUGGAGGAGUGGAUGUCCCCACCACGGCAACACUUGCCUCUGACAAUCCUUACAGCCUUGCUUCUACCAUCUGA